UAGUUGAAAGUCUCUCCUAAGGCACUCUUCCUCAAUUACCAGCAGGCCUUUUUUUUGGCUACCAGCAUUCUCUUAGGGUGGGAGGUCACCUGUAAUCUCCUCGGGCAGGGUGGAGAGAUGAGUGAACAGUGUAAAAAUCUGGGCCUUUACAAGUCAAGGGCAUUGGUAGUUUGAGUAGGAAAGGGGUUAGAGAUUGCCCUUGAGGAGAUACUUCCAGCGCCAAUAUCUGGUAGAUUUCCAGGAUUCCGGAAUGGAAAACUGAUUUUUCCACUGCCCCUUAGGAUGCUGAAAAAGGAGCCCAGGAGCAAGCUCAAUGUCAGCGCUAGCAGUUCAAGGGAGGCCAUGGCUUCCACUAUGUGUCUAGGAAGGAUUCUUUCAGAAUAUUCCAAGGCUGCCACUGGCAUGGGGGUUACUGUGCUGUUUAUCAGGGUGGGUUUCAGGCUGGCUUGCUCUUGGAAGAUAAACUCUGCUCAAGGUUCUGAAAGAGCUAUGUGUCUAGUUUAGAUGCUUCUCAGUUUAGCUCAGUGAGCAGCUCCGAGCAAUGCUGAGAUGUCAAAGCUGUUUGUUUCCUGGGAAGAGUAUGCUUGCAGACACAACUGUUUGAAUCCUUCCUUUGGACUUCUCAUUUCCUUAGCUAUAAUUGGUGUCAAUGUUGGAAUUGUUUGCUGUACCUAACCAGAAGCACCACUAUGUGACAGUGCUAAGGUUGUGGAUUUGAUGCUGAGGGCUCUGAGAUGUCUGCGGUGACAAGGCAGCCUUUCUUUCAUGUCAGUCACAGAGUGAAAGGGACUCGGAACCAGCAGGCACUGGCCUGCACAUUUCCCAAUAUUCUCUUUCCAGAGCCUCCUCUAUGGAGUUGUCACCUCUCCUAUGGGAUUUGAUGGACUCAUGAAGUGGCCUCUGAGAGCGUGUAAACAGGGAAUAAGAGAUGGCAGGCAGGGCCAUAUGGUUGGAAGUGAAAUAUUUCUGCCCCCAGUCAAUGUCUUAUUGGAAAUCCAAGAUCAGCCUUGUAAAAAACAGACCAAGACAUUUCCCAGCCUUCUCAAAAGAAAUGUAGAUCCACAGACCAGCAUGGCUGCCACUGCCGCUGUCAGUCCCAGUGACUACCUGCAGCCCGCUGCACCCACCACCCAGGACUCCCAGCCGUCUCCCUUAGCCCUGCUUGCCGCAACAUGUAGCAAAAUUGGCCCCCCAGCUGUGGAAGCUGCUGUGACGCCUCCUGCUCCCCCCCAGCCCACACCACGGAAACUCAUCCCAAUCAAACCUGCUCCGCUCCCUCUCAGUCCUGGCAAGAAUAGCUUUGGCAUCUUGUCCUCCAAAGGAAAUAUACUUCAGAUUCAGGGGUCACAGCUGAGCACCUCCUAUCCUGGGGGGCAGCUGGUGUUCGCUAUCCAGAACCCCACCAUGAUCAAUAAAGGGACACGGUCAAAUGCCAAUAUCCAGUACCAGGCAGUCCCUCAGAUUCAGGCAAGCAGUUCCCAGACCAUCCAAGUGCAGCCCAGUCUCACCAACCAGAUCCAGAUCAUCCCUGGCACCCACCAAGCCAUCAUCACCCCCUCACCGUCCAGCCACAAGCCUGUCCCCAUCAAGCCUGCCCCUGCCCAGAAGGCGAGCAUGACCACCACCCCCGGGCAGAGUGGGACCAAUGUGGUGAAGCUGUCAGGUGGGGGCGGCAACGUGACGCUCACUCUGCCAGUCAACAACCUCGUGAACACCGGCGACACCGGGGCCACAGCUCAGCUCCUCACUGAGAGCCCCCCCACCCCACUGUCCAAGACUAACAAGAAAGCAAGGAAGAAGAGCCUUCCUGCCUCCCAGCCCCCCAUGGCCGUGGCGGAGCAGGUGGAGACCGUGCUGAUUGAGACCACCGCAGACAACAUCAUCCAGGCGGGAAACAAUCUGCUAAUUGUUCAGAGUCCCGGCGGGGGCCAGCCAGCUGUGGUCCAGCAGGUCCAGGUUGUGCCCCCAAAGGCCGAGCAGCAGCAGGUGGUGCAGAUCCCCCAGCAGGCCCUGCGGGUGGUACAGGCGGCAUCUGCCACCCUCCCCACCGUCCCCCAGAAGCCCUCCCAGAACUUUCAGAUCCAGGCGACUGAGCCAACACCUACUCAGGUCUACAUCCGCACGCCUUCUGGUGAGGUGCAGACGGUCCUUGUCCAGGACAGCCCGCCAGCCACAGCUGCAGCCACCUCUACCACCACCUGUAGCAGCCCUGCAUCCCGUGCUCCCCACCUGAGCGGAACCAGCAAAAAGCAUGCAGCUGCAAUUCUCCGAAAAGAGCGUCCCCUGCCAAAGAUUGCCCCUGCCGGGAGCAUCAUCAGCCUGAACGCAGCCCAGCUGGCGGCGGCUGCCCAGGCCAUGCAGACCAUCAGCAUCAACGGUGUCCAGGUCCAGGGUGUGCCGGUCACCAUCACCAACACCGGCGGGCAGCAGCAGCUGACGGUGCAGAAUGUUUCUGGAAACAACCUGACCAUCAGUGGGCUGAGCCCCACCCAGAUCCAGCUGCAGAUGGAGCAGGCCCUGGCCGGAGAAACCCAGCCUGGGGAGAAGCGGCGCCGCAUGGCCUGCACAUGCCCCAACUGCAAGGACGGGGAGAAGAGGUCUGGAGAGCAGGGCAAGAAGAAGCACGUGUGCCACAUCCCUGACUGCGGCAAGACUUUCCGGAAGACAUCCUUGCUGCGGGCCCACGUGCGCCUGCACACCGGGGAACGGCCUUUCGUCUGCAACUGGUUCUUCUGUGGAAAGAGGUUCACACGGAGUGACGAACUCCAGCGGCACGCUCGCACCCACACAGGGGACAAACGCUUUGAGUGUGCCCAGUGCCAGAAGCGCUUCAUGAGGAGUGACCACCUCACCAAGCAUUACAAGACCCACCUGGUCACGAAGAACUUGUAAGGCCAACAGGCGGGAGACCCGAAGAUGCAGCCCCUCACCCCCAGUCCAUGUCCUGCGUGGGCCCCUGGUGGCAAGGAGGCCCAGGCCACCCCAGGCCUGCCCUCAGCCCUCCCUCCUGUCCUGCAACUGUGUCCCCAUGGGAGAGGGGGCUGCCAACCCGGACUCCCCUCCUUCUGGAGCCCUGUGGCUCCGUCCCGGCCCUUUCUCUCUCACCACAAGCUCCCGGCCUGCCCAGCCCAUGGACUCCGGCCAUGCCCCAUGAGACGUUCUAAAUCAGGACGAGUGGGAACCCUUAUUUCCAAAGGAAAAACAUGCAUUUCACUCCGUGGAGGAGCAAAGUGAGCCCUGCCCCCACCGCCGCAGCGCCCGUGCCAUGCCCCCCUCCCCGCUCCUCACUGGCGUCCGCUCUGGAGGGGCUCGGGGAUGCUCCACUCCACCCCGACCCGGCCACAACCCUCCUCCGGCACAUUCCAGCUUUCUAUUUAAAGGUAAAGACCCCCUGGACUCCUCCUGAUUCCCCUCUUUUUCUAUGGAGAACGUUGCCUUAUACUCUCUACUUCAGAUGAUGAACACUGUGUAUUGUGUGUGCUUUAAAGUUUAUUUAAUUGCUCCCGUCUUCCUUUCCUUGUUACUCACCUACCCCACGCCUGCUUUCAGUUUAGGGUUUUGGGGGGCAAUGAUGAGCAUAGAAAUUUUUUUCUCACUCUAGCAAUUCUCAUUUCUAAAUGACCCAGCAUUUCAACUCAAAUCUGGAUCCAGAUUAAAACAGCUUCACACACCAAACCUUGUCCCUCUCCACCACAUCUCCCCCAGCCCCUGACCCGGCCCGAGCUCCACCUGUGUACAGUGUAUAUUGUAUAAUAGACAAUUGUGUCUACUACAUGUUUAAAAAAACAUAUUGCUUGUUAUUUUUGAGGCUUUUAAAUUAAACAAAAAUCCAACUUUAUUUUUAGUUGUAACUGCUUGAGGUAUGUUUUAUGAAUUAAGUGACAGAUUUGUUAUCCUUUAUUAACGAUGUACUUUGUUGGUCAGCGCUGAGCUGACAAAAAUUUUUCUUGCUAAUAAAUUUAGUUGCCUGAGGCAAAAUCUGCAACUUGGC